AAUAUUUCCGGUUCCUGUUUUCAGACACGACGUUUUUGUGUGUUUUUUAAAAAGAUUAAUCUAACUUCUGAAGCCAAAAUGGAAACAACAAGUGAUGGGAAAAUGAAGAUGCCGAAAGUGGCGAAGGUGAAGAACAAGAUGCCAGCCCCUGUACAGAUUACGGCAGAACAGUUGCUUCGCGAGGCCAAGGAACGAGAACUGGAACUGGUACCACCUCCUCCAAAACAGAAGAUUUCUGACCCAGAUGAACUUGCCAGUUAUCGGAUGAGAAAGCGAAAGGCAUUUGAAGACAAUAUCCGAAAGAACAGAGCUGUUAUGACUAACUGGAUUAAAUAUGCCCAGUGGGAAGAAAGCCAGAAAGAACUACAGAGAGCUCGGUCAGUCUGGGAAAGAGCCAUGGAUGUUGACCACAGAAACAUUACCGUCUGGCUCAAGUACGCUGAGAUGGAAAUGAGAUGUCGCCAGAUCAAUCAUGCUCGUAACGUGUGGGACCGCGCCAUUACCAUUCUUCCCAGGGCCAAUCAGUUCUGGUACAAAUACACAUACAUGGAGGAGAUGCUUGGAAAUAUUGCAGGUGCCAGACAGGUGUUUGAGAGAUGGAUGGAGUGGGAACCAGAGGAACAGGCCUGGCAUUCCUACAUCAACUUCGAGCUCCGGUACAAAGAACUCAACCGAGCACGGACCAUUUAUGAACGAUUCGUUAUUGUACACCCUGAAGUGAAGAACUGGAUAAAGUACGCCAAGUUUGAAGAGAAGAAUUCCUACAUCAACAGUUCUCGUCGAAUAUACGAGAGAGCGGUGGAGUUCUUCGGAGACGACAACAUGGACGAGAAGUUGUUGUUAGCGUUUGCCAAGUUUGAAGAGGGACAAAAAGAACAUGACCGUGCCAGGGUGAUAUACAAGUACGCUCUGGACCACCUGCCAAAGGAAAGCUGUGAACAGACCUACAAGCAGUACACCAUUCACGAGAAGCGGUUCGGCAGUCGAGCGGCCAUUGAAGACGUCAUCGUCAGUAAGAGACGCUUCCAGUAUGAAGAGGAGGUCAAUUCAAACCCGAUGAAUUAUGAUGCUUGGUUUGAUUACCUACGACUGCUAGAAUCUGACGGAGAUCAGGAACAAGUGGAGGAGACGUAUGAAAGGGCUAUCUCCAACAUUCCGCCAUCGCAGGAGAAGCGUCACUGGCGCCGCUACAUCUACCUGUGGAUCAACUACGCUGUGUAUGAGGAACUGGAGGCGAGGAACGUGGAGCAGACGAGAGAUGUCUACAAGGCCUGUCUGGAGGUCGUCCCGCACAAGAGGUUCACCUUCGCCAAGGUCUGGCUGCUCCUCGCGCAGUUCGAGAUUAGGCAGAAAAACUUGACGAAGGCGCGCAAAGUUUUGGGAACUGCUAUUGGCAAAUGCCCCAAGAACAAAUUGUUCCGAGGAUACAUUGAACUAGAGCUACAGCUUAGAGAAUUUGACAGAUGUAGAAUUUUGUACGAAAAGUUCCUUGAGUUUGCACCUGAAAACUGUACUACUUGGAUGAAGUAUGCAGAACUGGAAAUCAUUCUCGGUGAUACUGACCGUGCACGAUCAAUCUUUGAGCUUGCUGUGAAUCAGCCGAAGUUGGACAUGCCCGAGGUAUUGUGGAAGGCCUACAUCGACUUCGAGAUCGAGCAGGAGGAGUACGACAAAACGAGGUCACUCUACAGGUACCUGCUGGAGAGAACGCACCAUGUCAAGGUGUGGAUAAGCUUUGCCCAGUUUGAGAAGUCGAUUGCGGAGGACAAUAACUUUGAACAAAUCCGCAAAGUAUUCCAAGAAGGAAAUCAGGCCCUGAAAGAGGCACAGGUGAAAGAGGAACGACUCAUGCUGCUGGAAACGUGGCAGAUGUUUGAGAGAGAGAAUGGUGAUGAGACUUCUCAACAAAGGGUUGUUAAACUGAUGCCACAGAAAGUGAAGAAGCGCAGAAAGAUACAAACAGAUGAUGGGACUGACGCUGGGUGGGAGGAGUAUUUUGACUACAUCUUCCCAGAUGAAGAGGCUGCCAAACCAAACCUUAAACUGCUGGCCCUCGCCAAGAAGUGGAAGCAGAAGCAGGAGCCUGAGGAAGACAUUGCCGACCCCUCCGAGAAUGACAAUUCAUGACACGAGAAUCUUCCCACGGAUGAGGAAGAGACCAACUUCUCCAGUACGACAGUAAAGACUGACUGUCGAGUUCCACACGGUUUACACAGACUUCUCAUUGAGAUGACACUUAUGACAUAAGAUUCUUCUCUUAGACAGGGAAGAGGUGAUGAAAUUGUCCAGUGUAAAAGUAACAACCAAUUUUGGACUUUGUGAAUGUUUACACAGAUUUCUAAAGUAGACAGAUGGUGCUCUACAAGAAGUCUAUAAAUAUUACAGGUGUUCAGGUGUUUGAGAAUUGAAAAUUUGCUUUAACCAUUUAUGGGUUGUUAAAAAAACCCAUAUUAUUUUGUAUAAUCAUGUAAUUGAUGUCUUAAAUUUAUUGGACAAAUGAUAAAUUUCACGUGAGAAAGCUAAAUGAAUUACACCAGUCUAGACUUGCGCAAACAGAACAGAUCUUCUUGCAGUUUCAGGCACCUGGAUUACAUUCAGGGGAUUUCCAACACAUUGACCCUGUAUAUUAAGUUUUUCCAUUGAACACGUAUAUCAUGGCCUAAAUGCCAGAUGUAUUAAACAGAAGUGACAUACAGGCAUCUGUAUGUAAAGAAAAAGAGUGUGGUUUCAGGUGGUGCAUAUGGGCAAGAGGCCUCUAUAUAUAACGGUAAAAUGCAUGAUUGUUAUAUAGGUUGCUCAUUACAGCAGUGGUGUGUUCAGGAGACCAAAUGCCCAUGAACUAUUUGACUGGUUUUGUCUUCUAUCAUAUCACAUUCAUCUAAAGUCAGGCACAAAAACCAGUCUAGGGAGCGACCGUGAUCCUGAACAUACCCUUGAUUUCAUCUUCAUCAGUGUCAUACAUUUGGGUGCAGUUUACCAACAUUGUAUCGAUCAUGUCUGUGAUUCCACAAUGAAGUUGACGUUUCAAUGAAUCAUCAUCAAAUAUUUUGUAAUGCUUGUUAACAAUCACCGAUGCUAAUCACAGAGACUUAUUUCAUGUGUCUCAUUAUCUGUGAUUUUAUUAUGUACAGGAAAAAAGAAUAUUACAAAUAUGAAUAUUGAA